AUGCAUAUUCCCCUCAGACAUGUGGCCCUCUGGCUGGCCCUGGUAACCAGCUCCCUUGCAGCAACGCACGAAGCUGCUCGAUGCAUCAUGUAUCUCACGGGACAGCACGUCGUGAUCCCAUCGGAGGACCACCUUGUUGAUCCAAUAACGCAUGUGAUCCUGGCAUUCAUGCGCUCCGAUGUCUUCAAUGUGGAUAAGACGCCAGCCGAAUUCCCCUUGUUUACAACGGUGAAUGAAGUUCGAAAGCAGUUCAGUCCAGAUACGAAGAUCAUGGUGGCAAUUGGAGGCUGGGGAGACACCCACGGGUUCGAACAAGCUGCACACGACGAUGCAUCAAGGAAACGAUGGGCUGGCCAGGUUAGAGCCAUGGUUGAUCUUACUGGAGCUGAUGGGGUGGACAUUGACUGGGAAUAUCCAGGCGGAAAUCGUGACGACUACAAGCUCAUCCCCAAUUCACAACGAGAUUGGGAAAUUGAAGCAUUCCCUCUCCUCGUGGGAGAGCUUCGAUCGGCGCUAGGGAGCGAAAAGCUGCUGUCGAUUGCGGUGCCGGCCCUGGAACGAGAUCUGAUGGCCUUUACAAGCUCGACUGUACCGUCCAUUGCGGGACACGUCGACUUCAUCAACGUAAUGACUUACGACAUGAUGAACCGCCGUGAUAGCGUCGUCAAGCACCACAGCGGGGUGGCCGAGUCGGGGGAAGCAAUGAAGCGUUAUAUCGACCGCGGCGCACCUCCCCACAAGCUGAACCUCGGACUGGGCUAUUAUGCAAAGUGGUUCAUGACAGGAGAGUGCGAUGCUCGGCAGCCCUUGGGAUGUCCUACCCAAUUGCUGGAGGACCCUACCAGCGGAGCGGAUCUAGGCAAGACGGGCGCCUUCAGCUGGCACGACGAGGUCCCCGUCGAACUGGUCGACUCCUUUACGAGGGCUCAAGCCAACGACUUCUAUGAUGAAGACGGAAGCUACGGGUACUGGGACGCAGACGACAAGAGGUGGUGGUCAUUCGACACACCACAUACAAUCGAGACCAAGCUCCCUCGGCUUGUCGGAGAGCUGGAGCUUGGCGGAGUGUUUGCCUGGGGGCUGGGCGAGGAUGCUCCGCUGUUCAAGCAUCUGAGGGCGACUGUCAACGGCGUUCGGGCCUUGCGCGGGGCUGAUGAGAGGAGGUUGAAAGAUGAGCUGUGA